AUGUGCCUGAGUCUAAACCUCCACCAAUUAGUUGAAAGCUGCACCCAUGGCCCUAAUACUUUGGAUUUGCUCCUGACCAACAAUUUGGGGCUUGUUAGGAAUGCAAAGGUCCUGGCACCUAUUGGCAGGAGUGAUCAUGCAUCUGUCUUAUUUGAGCUCAACAUCGAGGUUGAUGUCAGCACCAGUACAGUAUUCCGAAGAAAUUUCAGAGAUGCGAAUUUUGAUAAUAUUUCUGGAUUACCUCUACAGUGCAACCGUAGAAAGAACUUAGCAUGGGAUAAGGCUGUGGCUAGUGGUGACCCGAAUGACUGGGAGGAUUACCGCAAAUUGAGAGCUGUAUUCGAGAAACGGUUGAAAAAGUUUUAUAGCCAACUUGAAAGGAAGAUUAUCUAUACUGGAAACAGGAAUUCCUUUUACAGGUUUCUUAACCUUAGGCUUAGGAAAAGUAAGGGCCUUAGUGUUCUUUUGACUGAUGAUGGUAGAAGUAUAUGCAAAGACGAGGACAAAGCUGAGCUGUUGGCUAGUAUAUUUGACAAAGCUUAUCAAAAGGUGGAGAAGGAAACAUGCGGAAGGAUCGGACGAUGUUGCUGCGAUCACGUUCGCGCUUUGAAUCCCAGCAUUGCUUCGUUAAAUGGAAAAACUGGAAGUCGUCAAAAACCAACUUCGGUCAACGCUAGACGAGAUGAGGAAGGACAACAGAAUGGCCUCUGA